UCUGGUUCCGUGUUAGCGUAUGGACGCAGUUGAGGACACCUCUGCUCCCAAAAUUGGAUCUAGGGCUUAGUCGAGACUCCUCAACAAUGCCGGGUGGGCUGAACGUGCGACGCUAGAGUGGGGGUGUCGGUGGUAGGUGGAAGAGUACCUGUCUUGUCCUUGAUUAUUCCACCCGACUUGAUGAUGUCAUGCGGUUAGACGAGCAGACAGCUGGUGCUGCUUGCAGGUAGACAAGCUCAUGUCUGUACGAGCGACACGCAAGACCAGCGCGCAUCGGACCGUGCAAGCGGCUCAGCAUUCCUGGCACACAAGCGUGCGGGUCGGGUUUUCACUGGAUCGAUCAUCCCCCGUCGUUGUGCUGGUACUACAUCGCUCGCCCGUCGGCAGUCCACAACUGACGAGCGCCUUAGACUAUCAACGACCCCCUCUUGCUUGAGGCUUUCUCUGUCGCAUUUCCGCGUUAUUCCCUUAUCCGCGACUCAACGCCCGGCACUUAGUGCGCCGCGCGCGCGAGGUAUCCUCGUGUAAAGACUAACCGAACACAUGUAACAUUAGUAGAACUCGUGUACAUCGAUAAAAGGUGUAGAUGACUCACCUCUGUAGAUAGUGCCCUAGAUAACAAAGUCUCCUCCUGUAUCUAUGUCGCUUACGUCGAAUGCGAAUACUCCCCAGAGCGUUCCCCACCUC